AUGGCGUACGUCCUUCAUCGGCCCCAGCAGCAACCCGAUGCCAUGUCGCCGCCGGAACCAGAUACACCACCUCGGCCACGUCCUCAAUCUCGCCAUCUAGAACUUCAUCCUCCCCCUUUCCAUCCCCACCAGCCGCCUUCGUCCCGCCAUCCUCCGCCCUUGUCCAAGUCUCCAAACCCUCGUCGCCACUCUCUUCCUUUCUUCACAUUUCCUCACCUCUCCCAGCCCAACACCUCCAGCAUCUCGCUCGUGCCCUCCACUGCUGAGGGGAAACCAAUUCCUCUCGACGACGCCACCACGGCAGAUCGGACGAGCGCACUACGGGAACUCAAUCGCUCCCAGCCGUCCGCCCGCCAUCGCUAUACUAAGAGCAGCGGCGCUCCCAGCACUGCUACGACGACGACCACCGGUACCUACUCUCAGCCCGUCAUUGUGCGGACGUAUUCGGGCCCUCCCCCUUCCUCCACAGGCAGCCGGCCAGCAAGCCGUCGAAUACCUCUGUCUCCAGCGUCGGUCAUACCCAACACGUCUAAUUGGCGGCCCGGUCGUAAUGGCAUGGUACUGAGCAUGGCGCGCCACCAGGGCCACAAGAAGUCACAGCGGGGUGAAGAUGCCAAGCUGCCACCUCUCGAGGCCUUUAGCUUCAAGAGUAUCAUGGCAGACAUUCAACAGGACAUUGGUGCAGACUUGGACCGGAUAGCUGAGAUCUGCGCCAGGUCCAAGUACUCGCUCAGCAACCAGUACGAGGUGCACGUCGCACCACACGGGUCGGGGGCCAGCUUCCUGGCGUCUGCGCCUAGCUCUUCGAGAAACCAUGUUGCGGGUGGGCCAACGCUGCAGGCAAUCUCGAGCGACGAUGAGCGUAGCAGCACAAGGCACAAGAAACGGCGGAGUGGGCCGCGGCGACGGAGCGCGGCCUAUGGUACUCUGGAAACCAUCAUGAGCUCGAGCCGUUCUUCUGAGGAAGACAAGAGCAAGAAAAAGUCGGCACAAGAAUUAGCAGACGAUGUCCGAGGCCGGACCUCGAGGCAUCCUAAUACAGAAAGUAGUACCUCACAGAGCGGUACCGGUCAAUCCCAAGAUGGGAAGAAAGUUGCUCGCAAGAAGUCGACAUCAUUUGCGACCGCUAUGUUGGACACUGCGUCUCCACGUGCAUCUGGGAAUGCUCUGGUAAGCGAGCCAGCAAAGCCCAAGACCUCGAGAAGUCACCUCGAGAUCAGAACAGCUCAGGAGGAUCUUGCGGCAGAAAACUAUACCCACGAGCCACCUGGCGAGCCCUCGCAGCCUGUCGUCUCCGACUCGGUAGCUGCUGCGGCAAUCGCCAGCCCGGACGAACCAAGGAGCUCGUCGGGGCUUCUCUCGGGUUUAAGUAGCUGGAUACCCUGGCGCGGCGGCUCAUCCGUCACCGAGGUCGCUUCCUCGGAGCAGAAAGGUGGUCGGGGGAAGAGUUAUGCGGAGGGAAGCUUGAGACAUUUGUUGAAAUCGACAGAUGGCUCUAUCGGGCCGGUAGAUGUCAAAGGGAAAGGCGUCGGACGGUGA